UUCUCCUUAGUAAUAGGAGAACUAGUAAAAAAAUUCAAAACCUUUGUAAUAUUGAUAGUUAAGUAAAUUAAUUCAAUGGCAGCCUUUCCUUUCUUUCUCUUUUAGUACUCAAAAUAAAAAUAUUGAGGGUGGUCAUCAGCUACAACAUUGAAGAGCAAAAGAGUGAUUCUCAAAGGUAUGAUGAAGAAAGGAAAGAUUUGUUGCCACGGUUGAGAAGAAGACCACCCAAUUAACUCACACGUUCAUUGUCAUAAUAAAGUAGCUUAGUUUUACAUAACUAAGGUUAUGUUUGGAGAAAAUUAAAGAUAAAAAAAAUGGCAAGCUUGUCAGGGCAACCAUCGAAGAAGACAACACGUAGCCCUGGAGGAACAAAUCCAGGCGGCUCCCAGGGUGGUGGUAGUAAUAAUAAGGGUAGUUCAAGCGGGCAAACAGUAAAAUUUGCACGAAGAACGUCGAGUGGACGAUAUGUGAGCCUGUCGAGAGAAGACCUUGAUAUGUCGGGAGAAUUAUCAGGCGACUACAUGAAUUACACCGUUCAAAUUCCGCCAACGCCUGACAAUCAGCCAAUGGAUACGUCUGUUGCUGCCAAAGCAGAAGAGCAGUAUGUUUCCAAUUCGUUAUUUACCGGGGGAUUCAACAGUGUCACUCGCGCGCAUCUCAUGGAUAAGGUCAUCGAAUCCGAAGUUAGUCAUCCUCAAAUGGCUGGAUCCAAGGGUUCCUCCUGUUCCAUGCCAGCUUGUGAUGGAAAGAUCAUGAAAGAUGAAAGGGGAAAUGAUGUAAUCCCAUGUGAAUGCAGGUUCAAAAUAUGUAGAGAUUGCUAUAUGGACGCACAAAAAGACACAGGUCUAUGCCCGGGUUGCAAAGAACCUUACAAGGUCGGGGAUAUUGACGACGAGAUUCCAAAUUUUUCUAAUGGAGCAUUGUCUUUACCGGCACCAGAUGGUUCCAAAGGGGAUCGUGGUAUGUCUAUGAUGAGGAGAAAUCAAAAUGGAGAGUUCGAUCACAACAAAUGGCUCUUUGAGACACAAGGCACUUAUGGGUAUGGAAAUGCUUAUUGGCCUGAUGAUAGGGAUGGGGAUGAUGGUGAUGGAGGAAUGCAAAAGAGCGCGUUGGAUACAUCUACUGAUAAACCUUGGAGACCCCUCAGUAGGAAAUUGCCAAUACCGCAUAGCAUCAUUAGCCCUUACAGGUUGCUAAUUGUUAUUCGAUUUAUUGUACUGGGCUUCUUCUUGACAUGGAGAAUACGACACCCAAAUAAUGCGGCAAUGUGGUUAUGGACGAUGUCAAUUGUAUGUGAAGUAUGGUUUGCGUUUUCAUGGAUCCUGGAUCAGAUGCCUAAGGUGUCACCCGUUAACCGCUCGACUGAUCUAGUGGUACUACGUGAGAAAUUUGACAUGCCAUCUCCAUCCAAUCCUACGGGUAGGUCGGAUCUUCCAGGAGUUGAUAUGUUCGUGUCAACAGCUGAUCCAGAAAAAGAGCCGGUUCUUGUCACAGCCAACACCAUCCUAUCCAUCUUAGCAGCUGAAUAUCCCGUGGAGAAGCUAGCUUGCUACGUUUCAGAUGACGGCGGUGCCCUUCUAACUUUCGAGGCAAUGGCAGAAGCUGCUAGCUUCGCUGAUUUGUGGGUACCAUUCUGCAGGAAACAUGAGAUUGAGCCUAGGAAUCCUGAAGCCUAUUUUCUCAUGAAGGGAGAUCCUACCAAGAACAAGAAGAGAAUUGAUUUUGUGAAAGAUAGACGGAGGGUAAAAAGGGAAUAUGAUGAAUUUAAGGUAAGGAUAAAUGGUCUGCAAGAUUCAAUUAGAAGGAGAUCAGAUGCAUUUAAUGCUCGAGAGGAAAUGAAGAUGUUAAAGCACAUGAAAGAGAGUGGGGCUGAUCCUUCAGAGGGAAUUAAAGUGCAAAAGGCCACUUGGAUGGCUGAUGGAACUCACUGGCCUGGAACAUGGGCUACCCCAAGCAGGGAUCAUGCCAAGGGUGAUCAUCCUGGGAUCCUUCAGGUAAUGUUAAAACCCCCAAGUAGUGACCCACUAAUGGGAGGGGGUGAAGAUAAGCUAUUGGAAUGUUCAGACGUGGACAUAAGGCUUCCAAUGUUUGUGUAUGUUUCACGUGAGAAGAGGCCUGGGUAUGAGCACAAUAAAAAAGCAGGUGCCAUGAAUGCCCUAGUGCGAGCUUCUGCCAUAUUGUCUAAUGGCCCAUUCAUACUCAACCUUGAUUGUGAUCACUAUAUAAACAACUCCUUAGCUAUUCGUGAAGGGAUGUGUUUCAUGAUGGACAGAGGUGGAGAAGAUAUAUGUUAUAUUCAAUUCCCUCAAAGAUUUGAAGGCAUCGAUCCAUCAGAUCGUUAUGCCAAUCACAAUACUGUGUUUUUUGAUGGAAAUAUGCGUGCACUUGAUGGCCUCCAGGGUCCUAUGUAUGUGGGGACGGGUUGCAUGUUUAGGCGAUUUGCACUUUACGGCUUUGAGCCAACACAACAUGAUAAAACACCACAAAAAGGUGCUGAGGCUCAAGCAUUGAAAGCCACGGAUUUUGAUCCUGACUUAGAUGUGAAUCUACUACCUAAGCGUUUUGGAAACUCCACAAUGUUAUCAGAGUCUAUUCCAAUUGCUGAGUUCCAAGGCCGCCCUAUCGCCGAUCAUCCUGCUGUCAAGUAUGGACGACCUCCUGGUGCUCUUAGAGCACCAAAGGAACCACUUGACGCCACCACCGUGGCUGAAGCAGUCUCUGUCAUAUCUUGUUGGUACGAAGACAAGACGGAGUGGGGUGAUCGAGUUGGAUGGAUUUAUGGUUCUGUGACAGAAGAUGUGGUGACUGGAUACCGAAUGCACAACCGUGGAUGGCGUUCUGUUUAUUGCAUCACCAAGCGUGACGCAUUCCGUGGAUCGGCUCCUAUAAACCUGACAGAUAGGCUUCAUCAAGUGCUUCGUUGGGCUACAGGUUCUGUUGAAAUCUUUUUCUCGGGGAACAAUGCCCUUCUUGCAUCCAGAAAACUCAAUGUCCUUCAGCGCCUCGCUUACCUGAAUGUUGGCGUUUAUCCUUUCACCUCCCUUUUCCUCAUCGUCUAUUGCUUUCUCCCUGCACUCUCCCUUAUCUCCGGGCAGUUCAUUGUCGCGGAGCUCAAUGUCGCCUUCCUUUUCUUUCUGUUAACCAUAUCUCUCUGUCUCAUUGGCUUAGCUAUCUUGGAAGUGAAAUGGUCUGGCGUUGCUCUAGAGGAUUGGUGGAGAAAUGAACAGUUUUGGCUCAUUUCUGGAACUAGUGCCCAUCUUGCUGCUGUCGUCCAAGGUCUCCUUAAAGUGAUUGCCGGCAUUGAAAUAUCUUUUACACUUACUUCCAAGUCUGCUGGAGAAGACGAAGAUGACGCCUUUGCUGAUCUAUACUUGGUCAAGUGGACUUCAUUGAUGAUCCCGCCUAUUGUCAUCGGUAUGAUUAACAUCAUUGCCAUUGUGUAUGCAUUCGGUAGGGCGAUAUUUUCUCCUGUUCCUGAGUGGGGCAGGUUCAUUGGUGGAGCCUUCUUUGCCUUCUGGGUGUUGGCUCACUUGUAUCCUUUUGCUAAGGGAUUGAUGGGUAGAAGAAGAAAGACACCUACAAUUGUAUUUGUCUGGUCAGGACUCAUUGCAAUUACACUCUCCUUGCUAUACAUAGCUUACUUUGGACCUCGAGGUGGCGCCCCUGCACAAGGUGUUGCCGGUGGCUUUCAGUUCCCUUAAGCCAUCAAAUCAGAUUAACUUAUAUCACAACAUAUGUUGGUUGCAUCAGAAUUUAGAGAAAGUAGAUUUGAAAUUAAUGUAACUUAUUACCAAUAUAUUUUUUGCUUUCCAAUUUUUUCUUGCGUAUAUAGAGUUCGAGUGAAAAAUAAAUAGAGUGGUUCCAAACAACUUCCGUUCUGGGAAAUUGAAAAGUUCAGUUAUGUAAACACUUGUGCUAGCCUGUAUCUCCAAAUGGACUACUAAAAACAUUGUUAUGUUUUACCCAAUUUACAUGUUUUGGCUUAUGUCUGUUCUUUGU